CUUCGGAUUCUCCAUCUCUUUUCUGUAACAUCUAUUUUCUUACUCAUCAUACCAAUUAGAUAUUUAUAUAAGACCGCCAUUUUUUUAUUUUUCUCUCUCUCCGUUUAUUUUCCUCAUAUCUAUCAAAUCAGAAUUUCAGAUCAGAUCUCUCUCUAUAUCGGAUCCACAAUAUUCUUCGUGAAAAUUGAUUCCGAUUAGCAUUAGGGACCAAAUUAGAUACAAUUCCAAGUUUGGUUAUCGUUGUUUGGAUUGAACAUUGAAGAAUUUGAUCAAUUUCUGCUAAAUUAUAUUUGAACGCGAAAAUCUGAUCGAGUUUUGGUUGGAAUUGUGAGCUUAAAGAUGGUUGCUCCAAUGGAGGAGGGUUCACUAGAGAUCGGAAUGGAGUAUAGAACUGUCUCUGGAGUAGCAGGACCACUUGUUAUCUUAGAGAAAGUUAAGGGUCCUAAAUAUCAGGAAAUUGUUAAUAUCCGUUUGGGAGAUGGUACAACCAGACGUGGUCAAGUUCUAGAAGUUGAUGGGGAGAAAGCUGUUGUGCAGGUGUUCGAGGGAACAUCAGGAAUUGACAACAAGUACACAACUGUGCAAUUCACAGGAGAAGUUCUCAAAACUCCUGUCUCUCUUGAUAUGCUUGGACGAAUUUUUAAUGGAUCCGGGAAACCCAUUGAUAAUGGACCCCCUAUUCUCCCCGAGGCUUACCUGGAUAUUUCUGGGAGUUCCAUUAACCCAAGUGAAAGAACCUAUCCAGAGGAAAUGAUCCAGACUGGAAUAUCAACAAUUGAUGUCAUGAAUUCCAUUGCUCGAGGGCAGAAGAUACCUCUGUUUUCUGCUGCCGGUCUUCCUCAUAAUGAAAUUGCUGCGCAGAUUUGUCGUCAAGCUGGUCUUGUGAAACGAUUGGAGAAAAAAGAAAACCUUCUGGAGGACGCGGAAGAAGACAAUUUUGCCAUCGUGUUUGCUGCAAUGGGAGUAAACAUGGAAACAGCACAAUUCUUCAAACGUGAUUUUGAGGAAAAUGGAUCAAUGGAGAGAGUUACCCUUUUCUUAAACUUGGCAAAUGACCCAACCAUUGAGCGUAUUAUUACCCCUCGAAUUGCUCUCACCACAGCUGAAUACUUGGCUUAUGAGUGCGGGAAGCAUGUUCUGGUUAUCUUAACUGAUAUGAGUUCUUACGCAGAUGCUCUUCGUGAGGUAUCUGCUGCUCGUGAAGAAGUGCCUGGAAGACGUGGUUAUCCUGGGUAUAUGUAUACUGAUCUGGCAACAAUCUAUGAGCGUGCUGGGCGUAUUGAAGGAAGAAAGGGAUCCAUCACUCAAAUCCCCAUUUUAACUAUGCCGAACGAUGAUAUUACUCACCCCACACCGGAUCUUACGGGUUACAUUACGGAGGGGCAGAUUUAUAUUGAUAGGCAGCUUCACAAUCGACAGAUUUACCCACCAAUCAAUGUCCUACCAUCACUCUCGCGAUUGAUGAAGAGUGCUAUUGGAGAGGGGAUGACUCGUCGAGACCAUUCUGAUGUGUCUAACCAGUUAUAUGCAAAUUAUGCUAUUGGAAAAGAUGUCCAGGCAAUGAAGGCUGUGGUUGGAGAAGAAGCACUUUCAUCAGAGGACUUGUUGUAUCUUGAGUUCCUAGACAAAUUUGAGAGGAAAUUUGUGGCACAAGGAGCCUAUGACACCAGAAACAUUUUCCAGUCUCUUGAUUUGGCGUGGACACUUCUUCGUAUUUUCCCUCGUGAACUCCUUCACCGUAUACCAGCAAAGACCUUGGAUGCGUACUACAGUCGUGAAGCAUCUAACUGAGAUCUAUGCAAAGAAAGGCCGUGAAUGCCUCUACUCUUCUGCACUGUAAGUAGCAUCAGUUUGAGCUCUACGUGGUUUUCUUUUGGUUCCUUUUGCCUCAACAGGAAGCAGUAGCUCACCAGUCUCCUGGACGAAUAAAGAGGGUGUACCCUGUUCAAGUCUAAAUUAUAUUUGUUAUUCUAGGUAUUCUUAACAACAAUCAUUAUUUCGACGGUGCGCUUUUUUGUAAUAUCUCCGUACUUAUUUAUCUGUGUUACCCAGGGGUAUGGGUACAGCUCAUACAUUCUGGAAGGAACAAAAAGGGGCAUAUAUGUGAUAUAUGCCCUUACUGUAUGUGAUUCUUGUUUAGUUCCAUUCCCAUGUCACAUGUAUUGGUACGAUCUGGUUACUACAUAUUUACGAGGGGUUUUUCCAGUUUUUGUAA